AAUAUUCUCUCUCUUUUCCUUUUCACCUAGAUAUCUAAAAACAACCAUAAUAAAAAUAAAAAAUGACUUCUAAACAACAGGAAGAUGGUGCAGCGGGUGGCUGGUUUUCGGGCUGGUUUUCGUCAUCAUCUGCAGCAAAAGAAGAAGAGAUACUUCCCAUGCAUGAUAAAGAAGAUAUACAAGAGACGAACUAUUCCCGAAAUCAACAAACAUUAUCCUCACUGCGAUCACAGAAACAAGCGUCUUCAUCACGGCCGGUAAGAGAUAGUACAGCUACGCUUAUCCGAACAGAUGCUGAAUCUUACUUGGACGCACCUAAAACCCAAAGCAAUGAUAUUCGUCGAAAAGUGACACGUAGACUCCAGCUUACCAAUAAUAAUUUAGUGAUUGAUUGUCCAAUACCCGACAGAUUAUUGGGUGCAUUGACAUUUAAUGAUAACGAUGAAUAUUCACAGCUAAGAUAUACUGCGGCAACAUGUGAGCCUGAUGAGUUUGAAGCCAAAGGGUUUACGCUUAGACCUAAAAUUUACAACCGAGAAACCGAACUGUUUAUUGUCAUGACCAUGUACAAUGAGGAUGAAGUUUUGUUUACCCGAACAAUGCACGGUGUCAUGAAAAAUAUUGCACAUAUAUGUAGCUUGAAGAAGAAUACCAUGUGGGGCCCGGAUGGCUGGAAAAAAAUUGUAGUCUGUAUAGUGGCAGAUGGUAGAAAUGUAGUAAACAAACGAGUUUUAAGUGUAUUGGCUUCUAUGGGUGUAUAUCAGGCUGGAAUUGCAAAGAAUGUUGUGGAUGAUAAACCAGUCAAAGCUCACAUCUACGAAUAUACGACACAAAUCUCUAUCGACUCUGACAUGAACAUUAAAGGGUCUGAUAAGGGCAUUGUACCUGUUCAAAUCAUGUUUUGCUUAAAGGAAAAAAAUGCAAAAAAAAUCAAUUCGCAUCGAUGGUUCUUUAACGCCUUUGGGCCGAUUAUUAAACCCAACGUAUGUAUUUUACUUGAUGUUGGUACGCGACCCGGAAACAGUAGUAUUUAUCAAUUAUGGAAGGUGUUCCAUAGAAAUCCUCUUGUCGGUGGUGCAUGUGGAGAAAUACGUGCUAUGCUCGGAACUGCCUGUUGUCAGCUUUUGAAUCCACUUGUAGCAGCACAAAACUUUGAAUACAAAAUGUCCAAUAUUCUUGACAAGCCUUUAGAAAGUGUCUUUGGAUAUAUUAGUGUUUUACCCGGUGCAUUUUCCGCUUAUCGUUAUGCAGCCUUGAAAAACAAUGUGGAUGGUCAUGGUCCGCUUGAAAAGUACUUUAUUGGGGAAGAUUUGCAUGGAGGCAAAAAUGAGGUGCCUAGCAAAAACACAGGGUUGUUUGAGGCAAACAUGUAUUUAGCAGAGGAUCGGAUUUUAUGCUUUGAGCUUGUAGCUAAAAAAGAUGAACGUUGGUUAUUGCAAUAUGUUGCCAGCGCUUUUGGUGAAACAGAUGUACCCAAUCAGUUACCCGAAUUUAUAUCACAGAGAAGACGUUGGUUAAAUGGCUCGUUCUUUGCAGGAGUGUAUGGAUUAAUUCACUUCAAGAAAAUCUGGAAUAGUGGGCAUGGUUUUAGUCGUACCUUGUUACUAAUCAUUGAAGGCAUCUAUAACGUCAUUUCAUUGGCAUUUAGUUGGUUCUCUGUGGGAAAUUUUUAUAUUGCCUUUUACUUUAUCACGAAAAGUUUAUCUGCACCUGAUGUCGAUCCAUUUGGGAAUGAUUGGGGAGGAAGAGUAUUUGAGGUGUGCAAAUAUGCAUAUGCAUUUUUACUGUUUGUCAUAUUUAUUUGUUCUAUGGGUAAUAGACCACAAGGAUCUAAAAUAUUGUUUAUGGCCUGUCUUGUUGGAUUUGCUUUUAUUAUGUGCUAUAUGCUAUUUUGUUCUUCGUGGCUUAUCUACAAAGGUAUUCAACUUGCAGCUGAAAAGUAUGAAUGGACGCUGGAUACAGGUGCAAACUUUCAAAUAGCUAUGGAUGAUCCUGGGUUGCGGAAUAUGGUUGUAUCACUGGGAUCUACCUACGGAAUUUAUUUUGUAGCUAGUUGUUUACAUCGUCAGCCAUCGCAUAUGUUUACAAGUUUCUUACCGUAUCUAUUGUUAUUGCCUGGAUAUAUAAAUAUUUUGAAUAUUUACGCAUUUUGUAAUACACAUGAUGUUAGCUGGGGAACAAAAGGAGAUAAUUCUGUCGCAAAAGAUUUGGGGAUCGUCAGGGUGUCUGAAAAAGAGAAAGGCGUCAAGACAGUAGAGAUUGAAUUGCCCGCAGAUCAAUAUGAUAUCAAUUGUCAAUAUGACGAAGCUUUAUUUGCGUUGGACCAGAAACAAACUCGCAAUGACGAUAUGGGUGGAACCAUGACAAAAGAUGAUUAUUAUCGUUCGUUUAGAACUCAUCUUGUUUUGGCCUGGAUAGGUUGCAAUGCCUUGUUGGUAGUAUUUAUUACUGCGCCUGACUACGAGUCCAUAUUCGAUCAGUCGGUAGGGACAACUUACAUGUCCAUCAUGCUUUGGAUAAACUGCGGUCUUGGAAUAUUUAGAUUUUUAGGAUCCAUGAUUUUCUUGCUUUUAAGUAUCUUUACAUCGGGAUAAUAUUUCUUUUAUACUGUAUACCUUCUUUUUACUCCCCCUUUAAUACAAUUUAAAUAUAUAUACCAUUAUUAAUUACAUACCUAUAUAUUACGC